AUGAUGGAAUGUCACAACUUCUGGUCAAGGUUGCUUAGCACAGGAAUAUGUCUAGUGGCGGUUGAUGAAGCCCACUGUAUCUCAGAGUGGGGCCAUGAUUUUCUGGUGGAAUAUAAACAAUUAUACAAGCUGCGAGAUGUUUUGGUAGGUGUUCCAUUUGUUGGAUUGACAGCAACAACUACAGAAAAGGUUCAAAAUGACAUAGUUGGUUCACUUAUGAUGAAAGACCCUCAUGAUGCCAUUGGAUCAUUUGAUAGAAAAAACAUUUACUAUGGUGUGAAAUAUAUCAACCGUGGGGCCUCAUUUGUUGAUGAGCUUAUGGAACAAGUCUCUAAACAUGUAUCAAAUGAUGGAUCAACUAUCGUAUAUUGUACAACCAUUAAAGAUGUUCAAGAAGUCAUCUUUCAUAUACUUUUAACCCUCUGCUAUCGACUUGCUUUAAAUCUUUAUUGUUUAGAAGCCAUUUUAAUUGUUCUUUCUGUUCCAUAUGUUUGGAUUCCUUAGAUUGCUAGAUCACUUUGUGAGGCUGGAGUCAAUGUUGGAAUCAGGGGCGGAACCCUUAAGGGGCCUAGGGGGGCCAUGCCCCCCCAGCUUUUUGGACUACUAGCUACUAAAUAUUAUGUAUUAGAGCCUAAUAUGUGUUGAACGUGUCUCAAAAUGAGAUAUGAUCUCUAGAAAAUUAAGGAAUGAAAAUGAGAUAUUAUUGUGUUGUAAAAGAGUUUAGAAAAUUAAGGAAAGAAAAUACCAC